UUUAUUAUUGUAAAAUUAUUAUCCAAAAGCGCAAAAUAACACGUCAACAAAACUCCGCAGCGCAGCAGUCCGCCUUGAAUUUCUGGCCUUCUUCCUCCUUUUUCUGCCGACAUCUCUUGACUAUCCAAGAUGGGAAAAUGGAAUAAAGAGUUUGGCAACCACACACGUAUAUGUCAUAAAAUGUCUUAUAAUCAUUGGCUCAGUUUGAUUCCGGAGUCGUGAGUUUCAAAGCUUAAUUUGCUCGUCUUUCACUGUUGCUUGGCUUCUGAGGUAUAACUGGUUAAUAGUGGUAACUUCUAAGGGCUAAUAGGUAUUAUUAGCUUGCUGUUCUGAUCCUUAUGCAGGCAGUCGUGCCUUCUCACCUACCAGUUACAUCUAGGAAUGGUUCUCGCUGGUUCUUUGCAAUUGUCUCAUGGACUGGGACUCUGCAAGAACCAGGAGAGCACUAAAAAAUUUAAGAAUGGAAUAAGGACUACCAAGUUACAUUCAUUUGGAUCUACCUUUUCAUCACAUGUUUCGUUUCAUAGACAAAAUUCUUGGAGCAUAUCAUUAGCAGACAAUGUAUACAGGCCUAUACAUACUUUACCUUACAGAUACAAUGCCUUCAAGUGCCAUUCUUUUCUGGCGCCAGGACAGCCAUUUGAACUCGCCAGGUUAAAAACAGCUGUCACAGCAUUAACAAGGUCCCUUAAUGCUAUACAGGAUUGUUCACUUCUACCCAAGCUGACUAUAGCUGUUGGCAUCUCUAUUUUUUCUGUCUGGGGUCUUGUGCCACUUAUCCGUCUGGCCAGAAACCUGAUCCAUCACAAGAAUGAUAACAAUUGGAAAAAGAGUAACACAUAUUAUAUAACCACAUCAUAUAUUCAACCUUUGCUCUUAUGGGCAGCAGCAAUACUCAUUUGCAGGGCAUUGGAUCCAGUGGUCCUACCUUCAGAAGCUGGCCUGGUUGUUAAACAAAGGCUUCUAAAUUUUGUAAGAUCGUUAUCAACUGUGCUGGCCUUUGCCUAUUGUUUAUCAAGUGUCAUUCAACAAGCACAGAAGUUCUUUAUGGAGACCAACGAGUCCAGUGAUACAAGAAAUAUGGGUUUCCAUUUUGCAGGCAAAGCUGUUUAUUCUGCGGUCUGGAUUGCUGCUUUUUCAUUAUUUAUGGAGUUGUUGGGUUUCUCUACCCAGAAGUGGGUUACUGCUGGAGGUCUUGGGACAGUAUUGUUGACAUUGGCUGGUCGUGAGAUAUUUACAAAUUUCCUUUCAAGUGCAAUAAUUCAUGCAACUCGACCUUUUGUUGUGAAUGAAUGGAUUCAGACAAAAAUAGAAGGCUAUGAAGUUUCUGGUACUGUAGAGCACGUGGGAUGGUGGUCACCAACAAUUAUUAGAGGUGAAGAUCGUGAAGCAGUUCACAUUCCAAACCACAAAUUUACAGUGAAUGUUGUUAGAAAUCUCAGUCAAAAAACUCAUUGGCGUAUCAAAACCCACCUUGCUAUUAGUCACUUAGAUGUCCAUAAGAUAAAUAAUAUUGUUGCUGAUAUGCGCAAGGUCUUAGCAAAGAAUCCUCAAGUUGAGCAACAGAGAUUGCAUAGAAGAGUAUUUCUGGAAAAUGUUAACGCAGAAAACCAAGCACUUUUGAUUCUAAUCUCGUGCUUUGUGAAGACCUCACAUUUUGAAGAGUAUCUGUGUGUCAAGGAAGCUAUACUCUUGGAUCUUCUUAGAGUUAUAAGCCAUCACCGGGCCAGACUUGCCACACCAAUCCGUACAGUGCAAAAAAUAUAUAGUGAUGCAGACUUGGAAAAUAUUCCAUUUGCAGAUUCAGUAUAUAACCGUGGUGGGGUCACUUCUAAUCGCCCAUACUUACUGAUUGAGCCUCCGUACAAAAUUAAUGGGGAUGAUAAAACAAAAACCCGCACAACACGCACAAAUGGAGAGCAAGAUGGAAAGAACACAUCACGACCAGCAACUGAUACUGAGGUGUAUGCUAAGGUCGGAGCAGCACCUGCAUCUGAUCCUAAGACUAAAGAAACAUUGACAUCUGACAACAACUCAGAUGUCAAGGUUGGAGGACCAACAAAUGUUGAUGCCAAAGAGGAUAUCAAGGUUGGGAUGUCACCUACUUCUGAUCCCAAAACAGGAAGCAAUGUAUCGGUUAGACCUGAGUCAAAAACAGAUUCUAAGUUCGCAGAGGCUGAUUCUAAAUCAGACAAUGGAUCAAUGGGAUCAUUAUCGGGUACUACAACUCCAAAGUCUACAAGCAGCAACAAGCAACCUAAGAAUGCUAGUUUGGGACGUCAAAAGAGUUCCAAUAAUUCCACAACUUCAUCAUCGGAAGUUUUGGGCACUGACAAAGCUGGAUUUUCAACAGCUUCUUCACAAGUGAAACAAGAAAGUGAAAGGACACCAGCCCCAAAGCUGCCCAUAUCAAAGCCUGUUUUGGAAGAAAAUAUAGUACUUGGUGUUGCUCUUGAGGGAUCGAAGAGAACACUUCCUAUUGAGGAAGAUAUGGCUUCUCCAUCUUAUGCUGAGGUUAUAGAAAUGGCUGCUCACCGAAAUGGACAAGGGGGUUUAACUGCUGAUAAGGAUAAGAAAGAUGGCCAGAUUCCAUCCUCUCCGAGUUCAACAUCUCUUGAUAAGUGAGGUCAGUUAGAAAGAUUGGUUCAAGUUUUCUUGUUUCUACUCACUGCAAAUGCUUAAACGCACUCGAUGGAGGUUUUUAUUUUAGGCUGUCAUACAUUGUACAUGCUCAUACCAUACUAUACUGUUCUUGUUUUCACUUUCUGUGUACUGUACCCUUGGUGGUCCUCAUCAUUGAGCAACAUGCAGCCACAAAAUAGGAAUGUUAACUUUUGCCAUAAUCUAAUUGAGUUAAAUUGAUAAUAA